CCGCCACCCCGGGCCUCUAUAUCAAAGAAGCGUGCCGCCUCCAUCGACACGGAGGAGGCAAACCGCCCCAAGAUCGAGAGCCUCAGCCUCAACCCGUCCAGUGUAGCGAGCCCGCGGCCCCUGGAUUCCAGCCGGGACUUUAUUUGUCUCUGCACCCCGGCGCCGAAGGUCCCACGACCACGAAACGCCUUCAUUCUCUACCGGCAGCACCACCAAGCCCAGGUCGUGCAGCAGAACCCGGGGCUCGCCAACCCGGAGAUCUCCAAAAUCAUCGGCGAGCAGUGGCGUGACGAGCCCGAGGAGCGCAAGAAUCAGUGGAAGCUGCUGGCCGAG